AUGGAUUGCUCAAAAACAGUUGAUCAGUUUUUAUCAGCUAUUCCCAAAAAUGUUUGUAUCACAAAGAGGAAUGCAAUUAAUUAUUUCACCUCAUAUUUACUCAAAUUUCCAAAUAAGAUUGAAUUCCGUUAUAAAGGGAAAAAGUCUUGCCUUGGGAAAACAGAUUUUACUUCUUUAGAGACUAAAUUUUUAAGAAAAGGACAAAAUUUGAAAGUGUCUUUCCUUGAGUGGGAAGAAUUCGAUAGUGCUGAUCAUUUUUAUUCAGGCUAUUUUGUAGUGCGCCUUUGA